AAGGCAGGUUUAAGCUGAGGGAGCACCUUCGCAGUCACACGCAGGAGAAAGUGGUGGCGUGUCCGGCCUGCGGCGGCAUGUUCGCCAACAACACCAAGUUCUUCGACCACAUCCGACGCCAGACCACCAUGGAAGGUCAGAGGUUCCAGUGUUCGCACUGUUUUAAGCGCUUUGCGACGGAAAGAUUGUUGAGGGACCACAUGAGAAACCACGUAAACCAUUAUAAAUGUCCCCUGUGUGACAUGACCUGUCCCUCACCGUCCUCCCUGAGAAACCACAUCAAAUUUCGCCAUAGCAACGAGAAGCCCUACAGCUGUGACUACUGUGAUUACAGUUGUAAGAAUCAGAUAGACCUGCGGAAACAUCUGGACACACACAGCAGUGAGCCAGCCUACCGCUGUGACUACUCCAACUGUGACUACACCACCCGCUCUCUGCACUCCAUGAAAUCUCACUACAAACGCAUCCACGAGGGAGACUACACGCCUCGUUAUAAAUGUCACGUGUGUGAGCAGUGUUUUACUCGCGGAAACAACCUGACCUCUCACCUGCGUAAGAAACACCAGUUUAAAUGGCCCUCAGGACAUCCCAGGUUCAGGUAUAAGGAACAUGAGGAUGGCUUUAUGCGGCUGCAGCUGAUCCGAUAUGAGAGCGUGGAGCUGACGGAGCAGUUGAUGAGGGAGCGACAGGGGGAGGGAGACAGCUCCGAGGCUGCCGUCCAAUCCGAAGGCCUGCAGCCUGUGGAGGAGGCGGAGUCAGCCGGCGCGGGCGACUACGUGGGGCGGAGCAGCGCGACGGAAAGGAUCGAGGGAGAGAGGGACUGCGUAGCAGAGGAGGGAGCAGUGACAGAUGAACAGGGGGAGAAUGUUCUCUUGGUUCUGACCGCUGGGCCCGCCCCGGAGGCGGAGUCAAAGAGGGAGGAUGCCGUGAUGCGGCAGCUACAGGACACCGCCCAGCAGCUGGGCAUGGAGGUAGUCUAGCCCUGCCUCCUCUGACUAGAGCUCCGCCCCUUUUUUGCCACUGACUGUUAAAGGCAGAGGAGGGAAUAAACUCAAUGACAGAGACUCAAAGAGAAAACACUGAAUCUGAACUCAUCAGUCUGAAGGCAUGU